AUAGUUCGAAGUUUGUCUUACUGAAAAGGGACAUCUUUUUCGAAUUCAUUUAAUUUGAUGAUAUCUAGGGAUUACUAUUAUGGCAACUUCUACAAUGGGUGUAACGCCCCAGUACAUACAUAUGUCCGACGAAGACUUGAUUGAAGCCGGUAUACUUCCUAAGAAGCCCAAGACUCAAACGAAUAAAGCAGGAGCACCUGCGAAGGGGGAAAUGUUUAAAAUGAUGGAAAUCGAUGAAAAAUAUCUGGAAGAACUUCGUUUGGAAGCAGCCCCACUGGACUACUCAAAUUUCUGCUUUGCGAAAAAUGGCUUACGAAAUAGCAAUUAUGGUGCCAACAAAAAAAAAACCUCAAGUGAAAGUGUUUAUAACAUGAAAAAGACUCAAACCAUCAGUCGUAGAACUUCUAACGUCAACAAGGAAAUCACUCAAAAAGCUGUUAAAAAUAUAGGCAAUGUGUUGAAUAAAAGUGGUACAAAAGACUACAAAUUCAUUCCGAUGUCGCCUGAUAUUCUUGAUAAAUUGAAAGCAGAAACUAAUAAACUGAAUGUGAGGAAAGAACUGUUUAAAACGUCCCUGUCAAGGGAUAACAAAAAAUCAACAGCUUCCAAUAGGUUAUCAGUGAAUUCAUCAACGGCUCUCAAGAAUGUUAGUAGAUCCUAUAAUAGUAGAUCCCCCCUUUUGGAUAUAAAUACCGUGGAAACAUUAUUGAAGAAGAAAACUUCUCUCCAAUCAAUAGCCAAACCUCAGCAUCAGUUACCGAUUCGUACUCCAUCUAGGCUGUCAACAGUUGAAGAAGAGAAGCACACUUUGACUCCGAGUACAUCCGGAAGCACCUUGAAAAAUGAUGCCCAAUCACCAGUGUCCUCUGAUGUCGAAUUUGAAAACAUAGAAAACAUGUGCAAUACCCAGGAGCUUAAUGACAAAAUAAGAAAGAUACAAGAUAUUAUCAAAAUAGAUCGAGAAGAAUUUGGGAAGUUUAGGGAAGCCAAUGAAAAGAGAAUGAUUGAGAUAAGUUCAGUUUUGGCGGAGAUCAUUCAUGCUUCUGAGGGUAAGAAAGUAGCAAAAAGUAAUAAAAAACCGCCAAAAAGGAGGUCCAGUUUGAAAUCAUCUGAGCAAAUUCCUAAUGAAAAUGUUAGAUCUUUGAAAAAACCCGAAAAUCUGCUGAAGAAUGUAUUGAUUACUAAUAGUAAACCUCAAGGUGAAACUCCCAAACAGAAGAGGGCAGAAAAGAUGUAUAAUAAUCUGAGAGAUAGAUAUGGAAUUUUGGAGACCCCUAAAUUUGAUAAGAAAAUUUCUAAUGGCGAGUCUAAAAAUAUUUCUAUGAGGCUUCAAGAACAAUGUCUAAUGCUUUUAGAUACUCCACAGCGUAAAUAAAAACUAAACUUUAAAUUUUAUGUCUAUGUAUUAUUAAAAUGCCAAAUAUAUCUGUGAUUUAAUUCUA